UUGACCACAUUCCAAUCAUGAAUAUCCUUUAAAAUGUCUUCUAAAAAUUAAUCAUUUCAUGUCUAUUUCAAAAUGAGUUUUCUUAAAUACAAGGCUGCUAUAGAAGAAGGGGACACUGUCAUUAUUUGUAGAGGUAGAGAGAGACUAAUCCCAGUCAUUGUAAAGAGAGGAGGAGUCACACAAGUGUUAGGAGGAGCAAUCCUACACGAUAAACUAAUUGGAGUCGAGUUUGGGUCUAAGGUAUACACCAGUAACAAUAAGGGCUGGGUCAUAGUCCUUCAUCCUACUCCAGAACUAUGGACGCUUUCAUUACCACACAGAACACAGAUACUCUAUUCCACUGACAUCAGUAUGAUCACAAUGCAACUGGAGCUAAGACCUGGCUCAACUGUCUGUGAAUGUGGUACAGGUAGUGGAUCGCUCUCACAUGCAAUUGCAAGAACAAUUGCACCUGAUGGUCAUCUCUUUACGUUCGAAUUUCAUGAAAAGCGCUCGCAAAUAGCAAAAGACGAGUUUGAAGCUCAUGGCCUGAGUCACAUUGUUACUGUAAAGUGUUCUGAUGUAUGUCAGGAAGGAUUUGGACUAGAAGACAGAGUUGAUGCUGUUUUUCUUGACUUACCGAAUCCUUGGGAGGCAAUCAGUUCAGCUAAAACAGCAAUAAAAAGAACAGGAGGGAGAAUUUGCUCAUUUUCUCCGUGCAUAGAGCAAGUCCAAAAAACUUGUGAAGAAUUGAACAAGCUUGGCUUUAAAGACAUUGGUGUUAUGGAGUGCUUGCUGAGACCAUUUGAUGUCCGCCCCUGCGUUUUUAACAUUCCAAACAUGGGAAGUAAUGUUGAUCAUUCAACAGACAAGUCAAAAUCUACUAAACUAACACAGCCGAUUGCAUCAUCAGAGACAAUAUGGACUUGUGCCCAGCGUAGGACCAUUCCAGGCCACACAGGAUUCCUCACGUUUGCUACACUCCUUCAUAAAGACAUUGUAUCUGGACCAUCAACUGUUGAUCAAAUUUGAAUAAAUUAAUAAUAAUAAAAAUUACAUUGAUGUGCAUUUAUGUAAGUAAAAACAAAUAAUAGAAAUGAAAUUGGUACAAAACAGAUGAGUUAUAUAAAAGUGA